AUGUCUGGUUCACAACUUGUGGUUGUACUCCUGUGUUGUCUACCCUUCAGAGCCUGUUUGAUCUGCUACACCUGUGUGUUCCCGGCCAUCUCUCCUCUGGUUUGCUUUAAGUUUCCACAGGAGUGUCGAGCCGGACAGCGCUGCCUGUCCAGUACUGCUAUGGGCACACGGGGCUCGCUACACGUGACGAUGUACGAGAAGAGCUGCGCAGUCCCGCCCCAGUGGCGUGAGUGGAAGUCAGGCCUCUCCUUCAACUACAGCAACCUCUGCUGCGAUACAGACAACGGGGCCCGGUCCUCUGCUGCCCUCUGGCGGCGAGGAGCCGCUCUGUGCAUGCUGCCUGCACUCACUCUCCUGCUGGCCUGA